CUUUAGCUUCCCUUCCUCUUCCGUCUGUCAGUUCGUUGGUAUACUGUGCCGAGUGAACGUGUGUGCCCGCGUAUUCUCUUCUCGUUUACCCACGCGAGACGCACUUUUUAUUUACUCCAGUACUAAUAUUAUAGUUUUGUAUUGUAUGUAUAGUGCUACUCAUCAUUUUACUAUCAUACAACCACAGAUACGAUGAUUUGCUUCUAAAAUCAAUUCAAAUUUAUUUUUUUGAGUCUAAACUCAAAACAUUCAAAGAAAAACUACCGUUUUUUAGGUAUUUUUGUUGAGACAUUAACUUGCACUUGUCUAAAAAAGAAAAAAAAAAAAAAAACGUCCAAGUCCCGAAAAACUAGACUUGAUUUCUUUAGAAUGUUAUGUAGUUCAAAGUACACUGUGUCAGACAGUAGUCAAUAGAUAGACAUGACAAGCUUGUCACCAACUAUUUAAAUACUCGCCAAACUCGACAGCAAACAACAAGGAGACUUGUUACUUUUAAAUAAAUAAAUUGAAAAUGAAAUAAAGGAAGUUACCUUUAUAUUUUUACUCUUAAAACUUCAAAUGGAUAUCGCCACCGUAAAAUUUUAUGAAUAGAAAAUUAAGAGGAACCGUAUAAAUAUACCACAAUGGCUCUCGAUAAUCCAUCAUACUUUUCACUGCUGGGGAAUUCAAUAUCCCCAGAGCUAUCGGAAGCCGCGGAAUCGGGGUCAAGUGGACGAAGCUUCGUCACGUUUUUCAAAAAAAGACCCGGGAGGAUGGGAACCAACACAUCGACGAGCACGUCAGGAGCAACGUGUGCAUUAUUGAUGGCUGACAAUAACAAAAACCUCGUGUCGGCAGAAGAAUGUCAGCCGAUGUUGUCCCGGUCGACAAAUUCCGCGAACACAAGCAUCAACGGAACAAGAAGAAGCUUCCGAAGUCUCUUCAGGUCCAUGAGCGCCAACACCGACAACGAGAAGACACUCCAGAUUCUUAAGGGAGACCCGAGACCUGCAGACGUGGCUCCACCCUCGCCCUAUCUGCCCCAUCGGUCGCACUCCCACUCGGAUCACGACCGCAAGUGCCGGCCUCAUCGACGGCGAACCCUAAAGUCUGCCAGCGAGCUCCUGUUUAACGACAUGAUUUUUUGUGGGCUCCCUGGAGAGGACCCUGCUAAUAAUAUCAGGAGGGCUAAUGCUAAUGGUAACGGUAAUGGCAAUCGAGAUCGUUACCACGAAGAUAACGACGACGAAGAUACUGAUACUGGCGAGGUUUUUUUGGGUACCAGUGAUGCGAGGUACUAUAAUUUAUCGGCGACCUUACCAAAGCCUGGCACAUCUGCCACAAGAAGACACUCUAUUGGGUGUAGCAGUAAUUUUAUUAGUAAGGACCAGAAUUUAAUUACUCGGCGAGGCGCUGUUAUUCAGACUGAAGGCUUUAUCAGAGAACCCGAUACCUUGGCACCGCCUAUUCCUGUUGAUCAAGUUGAUUGUGGAAAGAUUUCUAAGACUGGCAAAUGUAAAAAACAUAAAAGUAAAGGCUCGCGGAGCAGAAGCGGUGGCACUAAAAUUGAGGGUACUAACGCUGCCAGUCUAAUGGAAGAAAGAGAAGAUGUUGUGUUCAUUUCCAGUAAAGACAGCGAAGCAUCCGCGCUGUGGGUCAAUUACCUCACUGCCUGCUUUGAGCAAAUCAGCAGACAGCAGGGACGCCCGCCUUUCAAGGUGAGACACGUGGCGAUUGAGGACGCAACGGCAGUUUCAACUACGGUACAGGAUAAAAUUUCCAAAGCACGUCUGCAAAUAAUAGUCGUGUGUCCAAUUUUACUGGAAAAGGCAUCGAAUAAACCGGAACAGGCGUCCGCUUUGGCCAAACAAUUGGCGCCGGAACGGGUCCUUGCAAUGAUGCUGGGUGUCCAUGACGGACAUUUGACUGAAUGCCAAAAGACUGCGCUUAUUACUUACUCACAGUGGAGAAAGUUUUUCGUCAAGGAUCAAGAUGAGACUUUUGUGGGAGAGUUUUUGGGUGCAGCGGUUGCUAUUUUAGGAUCCACCACGUCAGCUGCUUUGAAGAGCGAUAAAACAACUUUCUCCGUUCAUCCAAAAAAAGUUAAAAUGGGCCAGAACAGAGUACUGGCAAUUCUGAACGACCCUCUGAGACCUGAAGACACUUUCAACGUGAUUGUAGAUCGUUGCGGAGAGGGAAGAGAAAUAACCCAAGUGAAAAAACGAAAUCCUUAUACGUUGCAGUUUUCUAUUCCAGAAAAGUGUUUAGAGGUAUCGAUGCUUGUCGGCGUGAGAAUCAUCGUAAAUGGAAUACCUCAGGGAGUCCGUCAAGUCAAGUGCGAAAGCAGACUCAGAGAGUUGGAUCAGAUUCUAAGAGCACACGAUAAUCCCCUGGAGUUUAUGUGUCAGACAUUUGGAUUCAGCUCAGGAGACAGAGAGCAGCUUGACAACUGGAUGGUUCAUGCAUUUCAAAAAAAUGUACCUCCGCGCUUCAAUCUUUUAGCAACGCCUAGUGGUUCCGCACCGUUGCAAAAAAAUACUAUAAGUCAAGAAGAAUAUCCAACAUUGCUUCACUUCGCAGCCCGUUUUGGUCUAGAAAAACUUGCCUGGCAAUUGCUCGAUUGUCCUGGGGGCGAAGUGGCAUGUGAUUUGAAAAACGUAUCCGAAUUGACACCGGCAGAACUCGCUGAGCAAGCUGGUCAUGCUAAAUUGGCUCAUCAGCUUCGGGGUUACAUGCAAAUGAACGAGUUCACAAACAUGUACAGCUAUCUUAAAGUAAUAAGCGAAAACACAUCUGGCAGCGGAGCAAGUAAUGAAAGUGCUCCGGCGCAAUUAAACAGCUUGGACACUGAGCAGGAUAAAGAGGACUACUGCCAACCGCGUCCGAUCAGUGAAGCUUAUUUAGUGCCACCAGCAGCCCGGCCAGUGAUUACCUCGGCUCCAAUUUCGUGUGCACCACCGCAACUACCACCACCGAACCCACCGACCUCGCCGAACCCCUGCGAGAUGAAUUACUCGAUUGUACCGCCACCAACACCUGUAGUUGGAGCGUUAUUUUCACCAACCACACCACCAGUAAACUUCGAAGCUAAUGGUCUGAGUUUACCGCUUCAGGGAUAUUUGAAAAUGCAACCCGCCGGCCCGAAAUUAUCAAGCGCGCCUAUCACUGCUCCGCUGAUGGCAUUGAAACCGACAAUGUCCCAGUCGCUGAGAAAAGACUUCCCAAUAAAUCGUGAAGACUUCAUGAACACAAACUUGUCUAAUUUGGGCGGAAGCUUGAAUCGAUCGACAUCGUACCCAGGAACGAAAUCUCGGGAGGCAUCUGGACCUCAAGACGAGCUUCUUGAGAUAAUAACAGACUUUAAAAAUAACGUAUUUACUAUUUCUGAGGUGGAGAGGCUGGUAGAGAACUGGCGAAACCGCAAUGACGUCCAACAGAGUUUCAAGGAUAAACAGAGACAGUUGGCCUCGAUGCGAGACGAGUACGAGAGGAUACAAAAAAAGAUUAAAGAGGAGAUGAAAGCUCCGACGCCCUUUGAUAGGUUUAAGAAACUUUUUACCAAGAGCAAAAAAGAGGCGAAAGAAUCUUCCAGUAGCCAGGAUGACGAUUCUGCGUCGACACACAGCAAGACUGAUAAUAAGUCUAAUGGAACUCUGAGUGACCGGCGACCUAUCAGCAGCCUCAGUCUGCACAGUGUAUCCAGCUCUUCUUCUUCUGGCCGGAUGAGUGUUAUCAGCGGGUGUAGUGGAACUAGUCUUGGCGAUAGUGGAACUCAUUCAGACACUGAAGACCGUCGACUUCGCAAUUCUAGAGAAGAUAAAGGCGGUAUGAUGACUUAUGAAAUUCCUCCGGCGCCUAAGCCGUUUACUGGAAGAUAUUCACCGUUACGGUACACUCCGUCACCAAGAUCAUCGACUAAUUGCAUUGAUGAACAUCGUAGACAUCCGACACCAGCUCCAGAUCAGUAUUACAUCGCAUUCCCAGUAUCAGGGCUACCUGUUCAUCCUUUCAAUGCAGACGGAACAUCUACGGAGCCAAAAACCCCGAGCUCCCCAUGUGACCAUUCAUUCGGGCCUCCAAUGAGCAUUCCCGAAGAACGACAACCCCAUCCCGAGUUGAAUGAAAAUAACGAUUGUCAAAAACAAAUAAAAGAGAUGAAUCAACUAUCGAUACCAUCGCCGCCGCCAUCACCGCCGACCCACAUACCGCUUGAUUACAUGAACAUAACACCAACAGCAAAUUCAAAUGAUCUCAAAAAUGUCCUGAGUGACGUCAAUAAUUCCUGUGAUAUAAAAAAAAAUAAUACAGACGAUGAUACAUCGCAAAUGAGCUCCGAGCUCAACAAGGUAAUAAAUAAAGACUACAAUAGCCCAGAUGAGCCCGUAAAUCUCCAAGACACUAAUAUUCAGUCAAAUCACGUGGAAAAUGUACCCUUGGGUGUAGAUGUUGUUGAUGCACCCGUGCUACACGACUACAUGAAUAUUCAACCGUGUGAUCAAGACCCAAGAGUCGUCGGCGUUAUCCCAAAAAAGCCACCGGCGCCUCCAGUUCCACCUCGAGCUCCUUCUAAAAAGUAGACGUGCCUUCCACUAACUUAGUCAAUUAACCCGGCAAUAAAAUAACGCGCAAUUAUUAUUAUUAUUAUCAUUAUAGUAUAAUAUACCAAAUAUAUAUGACCAACAGAUAAAACUAUUAAUUUACAAGCCAAAUUAUUAAAUCAAAU